AUGGUCAGUCCGCCCCUGGGUGACAGUGUAUCAUGUAAAACCCAAUGUACAGAGAGCAGGCUUGAUGGGGAUGGGUUAUAGCUAUCCAAUCUCCUGUAGGAAGCAGUAUAACACUUGUGCUUCUAAUGAAGAAAAGGAUUUUAUGGCAAGUACAGAAGUCCUGGUCUGUGUCCAGGGGCAGACUGACAACUCAUGGGGCCCCCGGGCAAUAGGGUAACAUGGGGCCCAUGUGUCCUUGCCCAAACUCAAAAAAGCCUAUGAAAAAGGUACCAGGGGCAUCUCAUGGGGCCCC